AUGAAGUACAUGGCCGCACUGGCCUUCACUGCAGCAUCGACCUUUGGGGCCGCAAUAAUUCCCACAGCGAUCGAUGUCGCUCCAACAGCGACGCGUGCAGUCACGGUCUGCUCGAGCUUGAACGGACCCCACUGCUUUGACAUCAACGCCCGGAACGUACCGUCCUACCUCUUGCACGGCGCCGAAUUCACUCCUGAGGCCGCGCGUCGACAGUUCGAGGCGACCACGAUUCCGAGUUUUUCGUUUUCCCUGGAC